AUGUCCACUUCGACCGACGGAGAGCCGCCGCUCUCGUAUGUCACGCCCGACUUCCCCUCCCUGUACUGGCCCAUUCGCGCGUCGCCAGGCGAGCCGAAAUACCUAUACUAUGCAGGUGACAUGUGGCGAUUCACCUUGUUCUGGACACUUAUUACUGUGGGCGUUGCUCAUGUUCUCGUGGCGAUAUGGGCGGUGCUUAUGCAGUACUCUUCCGCGCUGCAGAAGAGGAAAUGGCUCAUGUCACCUGCCGCUUCCAAGUUGACGCCGAAAAACAGGAAACUGGUCGGCCAAAAUCCCAUAGCAGAAACUACACGAUGGGUAUGGUUGGUCCCGAUCCUCUACGUGGUAAUUGGCGGUCUUGAGGCGUUGCUCGCUGGUAGUAUCGUUGGCUUAGUCCUCGGAGCUGUCUACGAUGCAGGAUAUUUCAAAAUGAGCACCUGGACGCCACUUUUCUGGGGGAUCAUUAAUUUGCUGGUCUUGGUCCUCUCAAGCUUCCGAGUUCAAGGCGCGCUAUGA